AUGGCAAGUCCACUGUCAGCCCUAUCGCCCUCAAGGCUCAAUGCUCGUCCGCCACAGCUGCAGUCGCUUGCUUCACCUCUGUCGAAGAGCCCUAUAGGAGAUGUCGAGGAGCUGGAUAACCUAUACUACGAUGAAAACACAACUCCGUCAAAACGAACCAGAAACUCCCCUGUAUUUGAUAUUCAUGAAGACCAUCACGACCAGUCCGGCUUUCAGAACCCCCCUAGCUCUCCAUUUCAAGACUCAAUUAAUAUUGAGUAUACGGAUCGAGUUGACGAAUGCUCCGAUGACCUGUUUCUAACCGAGGCCAAUUCCCAAAAUGAGCCUACGCGAGAGACACACGAAGAAAACGUUGAAGAUGAUUUGGACAUGAACGAAGGAUAUGAAGAGAUACAUCACAACCAACCAGCUGAUACAUUUGGAAUGAACGUUAACCAUGACGCUGAGGAUAGCCAGGUUUCUCAACCACAAUCCUCCCGGCAUUCUUUGGCCACCGUUGUUGAAGAGAUUAACCACGAAACCAUGAGCAUUGUAGGCCAUCGUAAUGAAGGCGACAGCUCGAUGUGUGACAGCAUCCAGGGGGAUGACAGCGUGGGAGACCAUACGAGCCUCAGUGCUUUUUCAGCUGUUCCUAACGCCGACAUGACCCUCUUCUCCAAGCUCAGAAACGACUCUCCACUAAAACAUACCCCUAAUCUCCGAGAAAAUAUGUCACAGGUGACCCCUAGAUCGGCGAAACGAAGCUCAAACAAACGGGACCCAGAGUCGUCAUAUGGCCAACAAGGUUCCUCUUCUAAUCUCUCUUCUUCUCCAGUACGGAAGUACAUGCGAGUUGAGGAUAGCGCCAACCUUUUGGAGUUCACGGACCAGAUGAACCUGCCUACCAACGGCUCUCUAACGGAUUUGACUUCUCAGUCUCCCUAUAGAGCUCGACGCAGCUCGACAAGGAAACCAGGCGAAAAUUUCAGGUCGCCAAACAAGUUAUCCCUGUUGGAUUUUGAUAUACCACCCCCUCCUACUCCUAGGUCCAUUCCUUCUAUUACUCCCAGAGAGUUGGAGUCCUUAAAAUCUUCAUUUUUGUCGCAGAUAUCAUCACUAAAGGCCACUCUAAAUGGAAGAGACGCAGAAGUUGCGAGCCUCAAGGAGUCGGUGUCUGAUGCCGAACGCCGCGUCGGAGAGGCAUUGGAGCAGGUCAGGAAUGAAACCUCUAAAAAGGAAGCUCUUGAAGCAGAGCAUCAAGAAUGGGAAAGAAGAAGCCAGGAGAUGGAAGAUAUGCUGAGGACUGUCAAGGCUGAGAUGGCGGACGGGGAAAGUGAAAGAGAAAGACUCGCUCGGAGAGCAGAGGAGGCCGAGAGGGCACGGGAACAGCUUGAAGGAAAGACGGUCGAGUUGGAAAGCCAGCUUUCGGCUGCACGGAACAACGUAACCAAUACACAGGCCUCCGCCGGGCCGAGUAACCAUAAUUCGAGAAACUCGGAUGAGACCGCCCGAGAGGUUCAAGAUGCCGUUGAAAGAGUCGCUCGUGAGCUACAUACCCUAUACAAAGGGAAGCAUGAGACCAAGGUAGCCGCCUUGAAGAAGAGCUAUGAAGCUCGUUGGGAGAAACGUGUUAGAGAGGGCGAGGCCAAACUAAAAGAUGCUUUGGAGAAGGUCAAUCAUCUUCAGGCUGAGCUUAAUGAAGUGAAAUCUAAACUUGCCGAAGGAGAGACUUCACCAGGAGAUGCCACAAUGCUUCGGGAGAACGAAGGCCUAGAGGCCGAGAAAAGAAUGCUAGAGGCUCGAAUCAAGGGACUUGAGCAAGAGAUGUCAUCUCUCAAGCAAGAUAGCGAAGCCCUAAGAUCCGAGCUUAAAGCUGAAAGGGCUGAGAAGGGAGAGCUUGUUGCGGUGGUGGACGAGUGGCUACAAAUGCAACAGGAGGUCCAACCCGCCCCAGAACCAUCCGAGAAACCGUCCGCAUCGCUUUCUGAGGAGCUUAGUGGAGAGGAAAGGACUGAGAAGGCGUCCAUUUCACAGCCAGCCCCAGCUGCCAGUAACAGCAGUAUUGGACUAAAGAGUUCAACCACCUCCAAGCCCCGACAGCUUCCACAGAGCCAUACCCCUAGAAUCCCACGAUUUGGGGCUCCAGCUGGCUCCAAGAACAUUGCUAGUGGUAUCGCUGUUGGAAAAACCCCAGGCCGUAGUGGCAUUAUGAGCUCAAUUGAGAGAAUGGGACGAGGCAGUAACUGA